GCAAAAUAAAAAGCGUUAUCUUGCGAGACCAACAUUCCCGGAAAUUGUGCUUUGCCAGCGCAUUCUCCCUUGCUGAUAUUGCUUGCGCAGCCCGCGCUUGGCGGAGGCAAGCUAGAACAGAGAGGGGAAUACGUGCAAAAUCAUGGCAAUGGCGAGCAUGAUGGGGCUGAGAUUGUUCGUCUUUGUCGCAUGGAUCUUUGCCUUUCAUCCGGUACAUAUUUGGGGCUUAAAUGCCGACGACGACCAGUCCCAAGAUAUGGAAUGCAAAAUGAAAAGCGUCACCGUGUCUGCGUUGCCGUUUUUGAGAGAGAACGACCUGAGCAUCAUGCACAGCCCAUCGGCCUCCGAGCCCAAACUGCUGUUCUCCGUCAGAAAUGAUUUUCCAGGAGAAAUUGUUGUCGUUGACGAUCUAGAAAACACCGAACUCCCCUUUUUCGUCCUUGAGAUCUCAGGGAACUCGGAGGACAUUCCCCUCGUCCGAUGGAGGCAGCAGUGGCUGGAGAACGGCACUCUUCUUUUCCACAUCCACCACCAGGACGGCAGCGUCAACCUCCCAGGCCAGUCCCCCACCGAAGACCCUGCCAGCGACUCUGCGGAGGAGGAACUACGCAUCCUUCACAUCUCGGUCAUGGGGGGCAUGAUCGCCUUGCUUCUGUCCAUCCUGUGCCUCGUCCUCAUCCUCUACACCCGCAGACGUUGGUGCAAGCGCCGCCGCGUGCCCCAGCCUCAGAAAAGCGCCAGCGCCGAAGCGGCCAACGAGAUCCACUACAUCCCCUCGGUCCUCAUGGGCGGACAGGCCAGGGAGAGCCUCAGGAACUCCCGUGGCCAGGGCCACAAUUCCAGCGGCACGCUGAGCAUCCGAGAAACGCCCAUCCUGGAUGGCUAUGAGUAUGACAUCACAGACCUGCGGCAUCACCUGCAGCGUGAGUGCAUUAACGGGGGAGAGGAUUUCUCCAGCCAGGUGACACGCACUCUGGACUCCUUGCAGGGCUGCAAUGACAAGGCUAACAUGGACCUCACACCUGUAACUGACAACACAAAGCUGUCCCUGAUGAACAAAUACAAGGACAACAUGAUCGCCACCAGCCCCAUAGACAGCAACCUGCAGCAGAACACCCUGCUACCUCACAACACGUCCACCAGCCAACGCAAACGCCUAUCCAGCAACACCCGCGGUUCCCCACGAAGCCCCAUCAAUAAGACCACCCUGACUUUGAUCAGUGUCAUCAGCUGUGUGAUCGGCCUGGUCUACUCCUCACACGCCUCCUGCGGCCUCAAUGUCCGGGUCAUCCUCCACGUUCCGGAACACCUCAUCGCCGAUGGGUCCAGAUUCAUCUUGCUGCAGGGCAGUCAACUGGACGCAUCUGAUUGGCUGAACCCAGCGCAGGUUUUGCUCUACUACCAACAGAAUGCCAGCGGGCCCUGGAUCAAUGAGCUGUGUGGACGUCGGAUUCUGGACCCCUGUGAACACCAGUGUGAUCCUGACACAGGUGAUUGUCUCUGCCUAGAUGGCUAUAUGAAGGACCCGGUCCACAAGCAUCUUUGCAUCCGCAAUGAGUGGGGUCCAAAUCAGGGACCCUGGCCUUAUACCAUUUUCCAGCGUGGAUUUGAUCUGGUGAUGGGAGAACAGCCAUCCGAUCGUAUUUUCAGGUUCACGUAUACGCUUGGGGAAGGUAUGUGGCUCCCGCUGAGUAAAAGCUUUGUUAUCCCCCCUGCCGAGCUGGCUAUCAACCCUUCAGCCAAGUGCAAGACUGACAUGACUGUCAUGGAGGAUGCUGUGGAUGUGAGAGAGGAGCUGAUGAUAUCCUCCUCCUUUGAUAGUCUUGAGGUUCUGCUGGACUCUUUUGGGCCUGUGAGAGAUUGCACCAAGGACAAUGGAGGCUGUAGCAGAAAUUUCCGUUGCAUCUCUGACCGCAAGCUCGACUCCAGUGGAUGUGUGUGCCCUCCUGGACUGAGCCCCAUGAAGGACGGCACAGGAUGUUACGACCACCACAUUGGCAUCGACUGCUCCGAUGGUUUCAAUGGAGGCUGUGAGCAACUAUGUCUCCAGCAACUGGCCCCCCUUGAGGAAGACCCUACCCUCUACAACAUCCAGAUGUUCUGUGGCUGUAUUGAAGACUACAAGCGGGGCCAGGACGGUCGAUCGUGCCAGCCUUUGUCUGAGGCUUGCACUGAGGGACUGGACUGUGGAGAGACUGCUGACAUUCCAGCCAACCAGACGGUGUUUGGCGACCUGUUCUAUGGCUACAACAACCACACAAAAGAGAUUACCUCAGGACAGAUCCUCAAGGCUACAUUCAGGCAGAAGAACUUUGCUCGGGGCGUCGAGCAGCAGCUCCCAGAUGGCAUGGUGGUGGCGUCCGUGCCAACCGAGGCUCAGUGCCACGAGGAGCUGUCUGACCCAGUGCCUGACCCAGAAUAUCUCACAGGGAGGGUGAACUACAGCGAGGUGGCCGGCUAUCCUCUCAUUCAGAACUGGAGGCUGAGAUCCAUUCUCUACCACGUGAAACUCAACCAGUGGGUUCUCUCUCAAGCCUUCAGCUCGGCCAUCCACUCCCUGGACGGAGCCACUCUCCGCAACGACUUUGUCUCCAUCCUCAGGGAGUUUGGGAAUCACUUUGUCCAAGAGGCGGUGUACGGCUUCGAAGAGAGCUGCACCAUCUGGUACCCUAACAAGCAGGUCCAGAGGCAGCUGUGGCUGGAAUACCAGGACAUCAGCAAAGGCAACUCUCCAUCGGAGGAGUCGGAGGAGCGGGACAAGGAGCCGCGCACGCUGACCUACCCGGCCUACAUCGCCAGCCUGCUGGACACGGGCGCCAAGCGUCUGGCUGCCGGGGUGCGUAUGGAGUGCAGUAGCCAGGGACAGUGCCCACGGUCCUGCCACCUGUGUCACAUGAGCCCCGGGCCCGGGCGUCCCACCGAGCCAGUCCUGCUGCAGAUCACCAAAGCUGGCCCGCUCUACGAACUGGUCUCCAACAACGAGACUUACCAGUCUCUGAUGGAGGCCAUGAUGAGUAUCCUGUGGUGUUCUGGGAAAGGUGACGUCAUUGACGACUGGUGUCGUUGCGACUCCGUUGCCUUCGGGACUGACGGACUGCCCAUGUGCGCCCCUCUCCCGCAACCCAAGCUUAGGCUCUCCCACUCUUAUGAGCCCAGCAGCUCAUUGGUCAUCAUGGAAUGGAAUCAUACAGAGCCACCAAUCGGGGUGCGCAUUGUUGAUUACGUCAUCAGCCAGGAGAAAGUGACAGAGAGGAUGGAGCACUCGAGGGUAGAGUCAGAGACCGUGUUUAGCUUUGUGGAUGACAUCCUGUCGGGGGCUAAGUCUCCCUGUGUGAUGCUGGGGGACGUCCCAGACCUCCUGACUUCAUCCAUCAGCAUGAUCAUCCGCUGUCUGGAGGCCGACACCACCUACAUGUUCAAGCUCUGGGCGGUGGACAACACAGGCCGUCGCUCCCGUCCCAGUGAGGUCAUCAUAAAGACCCCAUGCCCUGCAGUGGAUGACGUCAAAGCACAAGAGGUUGCAGAUAAGAUAUACAACCUGUUCAAUGGCUACACCAGUGGUAAGGAACAGCAGACAGCGUAUAACACCCUGAUGGACCUGGGAGCUCCGACCCUGCACCGCGUCCUCUACCACUACAACCAGCAGUACGAGAGCUUCGGAGAAUUCACCUGGCGCUGUGAGGACGAACUGGGACCCAGGAAAUCAGGCCUAAUCCUGUCUCAGCUGGACUACCUGAGUGGUUGGUGUCGGGGUCUUCUCCAGGAGCCAAAGAUUGGCCUCCGCAGAGUGUCCCUCAAGUACCUCUCCUGUCGCUACACGGACACCAAAUCCUUUGGACUCAACUGGGUUGAUUUGGGCCAGGAGAUCAGGAAGGCCUGUGACAAGCAGCUUCUUCCUGUCCUGUACAAUGAUUACGGGGAGCCUAAGGAACUCUGAAUGUGACACAUGAAGCCUGGUAGUUUGAUGGGGGUUCUCAUAAAAGGUAGGCUUUGAGGAAAGUUGCCUCGUCUGUGGUCUCUGUGUAUUUGAACCCUUACUUGCGGUUGUAGGAACCUAAAUCCUAGGUAUCAUAGAGGGCGUAUUUGCCUUAUUAGACUAAAAAAGACACUAAUAAUGUUCAAUUCAUAUUUGGAUUCAUGUAGUACCAAAUUAUGCAAUAACUAAGGUCAUUUUGGAAGGUGGGAAGAGAACGAUAAUGAAAUUAAUGUUAAUGUUAUUAUACAUGUUGAAUGUAGUAUUCCAGUAUAAAGUCAUUAUUAAGCUGUACAGGUUUUCUUAUGAAAACAGACAUACAGCAUUUAGUUGCUAUUUCUGAUAUUUCGGAGCUUCUGUACUUUCAAACUUGUAUGUAUGUUAAAAGUAAUGUUAAAAGUAAAUGUUGCCAAAAGAAGUAUGACAGUAGUUUCUCCAUCAAUGAUAUUCUAACCAUUCCUAAAUCAGCAAUCUCACUAAAUAUAAUUUUUUUCUUUUAAAGAUAAGAUACAUUUAUAAAGUCUUAUACUUAAUAAAUGAAGUGCUAUAGGUGUUUGUAAGUAUCUGUAUACAAAAGUAUAAACUAGCCUGUUAGUAUUGGUUUCUUAAUAUUUUUUCCUGCCUAACUAUAUUUUUUCUAAUGAAAAGUUUUUUCAUGAAGCAAUUUCAAUUAAGAAAUACAUAUCAAUAUGAUUAUUUUCUUCAUAAAACAAUACUGUUCUAGUCUAUGGUAACAUAAUGAAUCUGAAGUGUGCAUCUGAAAUUAAACUUGUAGAUAUUUGUAUAGGCAGAUUGAUACAGACAUGCAACAAAUUGCAGCACAGUACAGUGAAUGCUUCUGUAAAUAUUGUAUUACAUAUUGUUUUAUUCUAACAUUAUAUAUUUUUGGCAUUGGUGAUCAUUUCUGGGAGACGAGGCUAGUUUGUCAUUUGAUCUUGAGAAUGCUAAUUCGACACAAUUGUAUUUUAUGCAAGGAUCCUUGGAGAUUAUAUCUAUAUUAUAAGUGAGCAUUCAUCAUACCACAUAGUUUUGUGACUUUUGUAUUUGUUUUUAUUUUGUUCUAUGUCCAACAGAUCUAAUUUGUGAAACAGUUUUGUUUCUCAUGUUUGAUUAAAGACUGGUUUUAACAAUUCUGUUAGAUGGUAACGAGACUAAAUCUGCAUGUUAUACAAUAUCUGUGACUGAUAUAAUGUUUACUUUU